GCGGUAAAUUAAAAGACGACGAAGAAGAACAAACCGGAAAUACACUCACGUCAAGAAAAGCGGCGCACUUUAUCAAAAGAUUCUUAUUGUUUAUUGAGCAAUUGUGUCUUUAACAUGUCUGGGACUGCCUCAGUUGCCGGUGAAGUGUUUGUUGAUGCAUUACCUUAUUUUGAUCAAGGUUACGAUGCCGCCGGUGUCAGAGAAGCUGCUGCAGCAUUGGUGGAAGAGGAGACCAGAAGAUAUAGACCAACCAAGAACUACCUGAGCUAUCUGCCCACUCCAGACUUUUCUGCUUUCGAGACAGAAAUUAUGAAGAAUGAAUUUGAUCGCCUCGCAGCGCGACAACCCAUGGAGCUCCUGAGCAUGAAGAGGUACGAGCUGCCAGCACCUUCUGCAGGUCAGAAGAAUGACAUUACGGCUUGGCAGGAGUGUGUAAACAACUCCAUGGCUCAGCUGGAGCAUCAGGCAGUUCGUAUCGAGAACUUGGAGCUCAUGUCGCAAUACGGAACCAAUGCAUGGAAAGUCUACAAUGAUAACCUGGCUUUCAUGAUCGAGAUAGCACAAAAGGAACUUCAGAAAUUCAGGAAACAAAUUCAAGCUUUGAAUUGGCAGCGGAAAAAUGACCAGUUAGUCGGAGGAGCCAAACUGCGAGAGCUGGAGUCAAACUGGGUCUCGUUGGUCAGCAAGAACUAUGAGAUCGAGCGGGCCAUCGUACAUCUAGAAAAUGAAAUCGGUCAGCUCAGGCAGCAGCAGGGGGAAGAGAACAAGGAGAACAUUAGACAAGAUUUCUGACGUCCUCACGCAAUGACCUUCAAAUGUGUUAAUUGUUUGUCCGAUUUGUCACAUUUUUUUUUACAAUGACCAAAUCAAACUGGAAUAAAGCAAACAUUUGGACAGGUGAAUCCUUCUCAAGAACAGACCGAGGAGAGAAGUUUACAAUGGUGGAUGACUUCAUAUUUCCAGUCAAGAGCAGAUCUGAAUGAUGACACUGGGCCGGAUUGAUCAUUUCUUGUCACUUUGCCUUUCACUAGCAGCUCUUUUCAACAGUUUUAUUUUAUGGCAUUUUAAUAAAGUCAACAUUUAUUUCCUAAA